AUGUUUGCCAACUUUGAGUUAUGGUCAGGUGGCAUGGUCGAGCAUUCUGCCAAACCCCCUCGACUGCGAUCUAACCGAGGCUGCCUUGCAUGUCGUCGGAUCAAGAAGAAAUGUGACGAGCAGAAACCGGCUUGUGGGCUUUGCAUGCGCCGUAGACAUGAUAACUGUUCUUAUCCUGUUUCUACAUCGCCGCCAACAUCUUCCUCAAGUCCUGGCCAAGCUCAAAAGUUCUCCCCGUCGGAUCUUGCGCCGGCCGCGGAAAACUCAACGCAAGAUCCAGCUCCAUUGUCACUAGGCAUAGAUGCAAGCGAGCAGGAGUCACAGAUACAUUCCAAUGCCAAUCAAGUAGCUGUGAUGCUCACACAACCCAGUGUCAGUUCUGCUAUCGGUCUACCUCCUAUGGCGGACCUUUCAGCCAACACGAUGUGGGAGCUGGUCCGACAUGCCAACAGAGCCAUUCAUGGAGCCUACUUUGACGAUCAUUAUACGAUACUCGUACCCUUCCUUCCGGUAAUUGCUGAGUUCUCGCCGUACAUGCAUACGUGGCUGGCUUUGGGAGCCAUCCAAAUCGCCCAGCAGCAAACUUCAUCUGCACAAUGCAGAUGGCGACAGACGGCCAUCCAGUGUUACUCUAAGGCCCUUCAAGGCUUGAACCAACAUCUGUGUUCAACUCCGAUACCCCACGAGUGGGCGUUAAGCGCUGUAUUGCUGCUUCAUAUUUACGAGAAGUUUGGCGAUAACCAUGAGCCACCGUCGGAUGCACAUGUAAACUCGGCGCGAAGCGUUUUCAUAAGACGAUUUACUCAGUUUCCACCAUCCUCCAUGCGCCAUAUAUUGCAGCUCGAGAGCUUGGUUUACCGAGUUGCUGUCACCAGCACCUUCAGACCACUACCAAAUUCCGAAACAUCAUACAGUUACUUGGACGAUUUGGUGGAGAUUUGGAACUCUUCCAAUAUUCCCUGCGGUUUGUGGCAACAUAGCUUGUGGAUCAGUUUGCCGCCGCAAAUAUUUAACGUGGUCUUCAAGUUAUCGGUCUUACUGCACAUGCGAGUUCUGGGAGAGGCGCAGAUGGACGAUCUUGACAAACUGGAUGGAAUGCUGAGACAAUACCUGCAAGUCUCUAAAUUGCCGCCAUUUCUGAGCGUUUCAGAUGAUGGGAAAGACAAGGGAUCAUGUCUAUCGUUGGUGGAACAAGCUCGCGCCGCGCGUUGUCUUUACGACUAUGCCUGUCAAAUCCUAAUAGCCAAGCUGCGUGGCUAUGAUGCCACCUCUUGUGCCAUUCACCGGCCCUCCCACCUCGGCUUCCAGUUGUUGGCUGAGCUCCGGAAAGGAAACUUCGUCUCACCGGUACUGUUAUGGCCGACAAUAAUUAUUGGAUUAACAGCAACCAUCCCUGAUGACAGAUUCAUAACAUCGGAAUAUGUCGCUCGCUUAGAGCACUUAUCGGGAUCGAGGACAAUUUCAUCUGUGCGCUUGCUUCUGGGGCAUGCUUGGGGAGAAUUGAGCGACGGGGGCAUGAAGGGAGUUAAUGUUCUUUCCGAUGCCAGGAUCCUAGCUAGCGUCUUUCUUUGA